UAGAAAUGAAUAGAAGGACCUAAGUGUAAAUUUCCGAAGAUGUUGCCAUGCACUGUAGAGUGGAAUAAAAAGCCACCACACUCUUUCUGAUUCACUCUCACUCUUGCAACUGCAGCCUCACUCUCACUCUCUCAGGAGUAAAUCCUCUUAGCGAUGUCAGAUCUUGAGGCUCCCUUGCGCCCAAAGAGGAAGAAGAUUUGGGUGGAUUAUUUUGUUCAGUUUCGAUGGAUCAUUGUUAUUUUUGUGGUCCUUCCCAUUUCCUUCACCAUUUAUUUCCUGACAUACCUUGGGGAUGUGAGAUCUGAGUGGAAGUCCUAUAAGACCCGUCAGAAGGAACAUGAUGAGAAUGUGAAGAAGGUUAUUAAGCGUCUCAAACAGAGGGAUCCAUCCAAGGAUGGUCUUGUCUGUACUGCUCGUAAGCCCUGGAUUGCUGUUGGGAUGCGGAAUGUUGACUACAAGAGAGCCCGCCAUUUUGAAGUUGAUUUGUCCGCUUUCAGGAAUAUACUCGAUAUCGACCGAGAACGGAUGAUUGCAAGAGUGGAGCCCCUAGUCAACAUGGGACAGAUCUCCAGGGCGACCGUACCCAUGAAUCUUUCCCUUGCUGUCGUGGCCGAGCUUGAUGAUCUCACUGUCGGUGGUCUCAUCAAUGGCUAUGGAAUAGAAGGAAGCUCCCACAAAUAUGGCCUGUUCUCUGAUACUGUGGUGGCCUACGAACUUGUGUUGGCUGAUGGUACUCUUGUUAGAGCGACCAAGGACAAUGAAUUCUCUGAUCUAUACUAUGCCGUUCCUUGGUCUCAGGGAACGCUCGGCCUUCUUGUAGCUGCUGAGAUUAGGCUUAUACCCAUUAAGGAGUACAUGAAGUUAACCUACAAACCUGUUGUUGGCAACCUGCAAGAACUCGCUCAGGCAUACUGUGAUUCUUUUGCUCCAAGAGAUGGAGACCAGGAUAAUGAGGAGAAGGUUCCAGACUUCGUUGAAACAAUGAUUUAUACUCCGACAGAAGGUGUGAUGAUGACGGGAAGAUACGCUUCAAAGGAAGAGGCCAAGAAGAAGGGGAAUAAGAUAAACAGUGUAGGAUGGUGGUUUAAACCCUGGUUCUAUCAGCAUGCACAGACGGCACUGAAGAAAGGAGAGUUUGUAGAAUUCAUUCCAACCAGAGAAUAUUAUCACAGGCACACAAGAUGCUUGUACUGGGAGGGAAAGCUUAUCCUCCCAUUCGCUGAUCAAUGGUGGUUUAGGUUUCUGCUUGGCUGGUUGAUGCCACCAAAGGUUUCUCUCCUCAAGGCAACUCAAGGUGAUGCUAUAAGAAACUAUUAUCACGAAAUGCACGUAAUCCAGGACAUGCUUGUUCCUUUGUACAAGGUGGGAGAUGCUUUAGAAUGGGUUCACCGUGAGAUGGAGGUAUACCCCAUUUGGCUCUGCCCACACAAAUUGUUCAAGCUGCCUAUCAAAACUAUGAUUUACCCAGAGCCAGGGUUCGAACUACAUCGUAGGCAGGGAGACACCCAAACUGCUCAAAUGUACACAGAUAUUGGAGUUUACUAUGCACCAGGUCCUGUUCUUAGGGGUGAGGUAUUUGAUGGGGCAGAAGCAGUGCGUAAGUUGGAGAGCUGGUUGAUUGAAAACCACGGUUUUCAACCACAGUAUGCUGUGUCCGAGCUGUCGGAGAAAAGCUUCUGGAGGAUGUUUGAUGCUAGUUUAUAUGAGAGUGUUAGGAAGAAGUACGGAGCAGUUGGUACCUUUAUGAGUGUAUACUACAAAUCUAAGAAGGGCAGGAAAACUGAGAAGGAGGUACAAGAAGCGGAGCAAGCGCACCUUGAAACUGCAUAUGCGGAAAUUGAUCAACCAGAAUAGACUGAUCUUGAAUUUUGAUUAAUCUGAUGGUAGAAUUUUUUGCAUCUCAGGCAGGAGUAUCAUCAAGCCACAGACUGAUUUUAGUUUUGAUUCAUCUGAUGGUAGAAUUUUAUCGCUUUUUUAUUCCGCAUUUAUGGUUUUUCCUUGUAAUUUUUCACCAUUGGCUUCGGAUAGCCUUAGUUGCUGUUCUGGUGUUCCUUUUGUUAUUUCGUGAAUUAUGUAUUAUGUGGACUUCAAGUUAUUUAGACUGAAAUGGUUGAGUUCUCGAGUA